AUGAACACCAUCACUGAGAGGCUAAUUAAAGACCUAGAAAAAAUUCGCGAUUCACUUCUUACACCGUGGCAAAAACUGGAUGCAAUAAGGACAUUCAUUCAACCUUGUUUGACUUAUGCACUACGUGCCUGCCCAGUUACCAGACUCUCCCUACAAAACUACCGUAGGAAACUUGUUGAUGUUCUUAGAUCUAUUUGUAACCUCCCCAAAAGAUCGACGGCGGCGUAUUUCUUCUCAGAUAAAUCGGUUGGCGGAUUAGGACUACAAGAUCCCUUUGAUGAGAGACACAUACAGAAAGUGGUCCAGACAGUUAAGAUCUUGUCAUCAAAAGACCCUUUCAUCCUUAACAUUGCACAUGGUCAACUCAAAUCAGUGGUUUAUCGCUGUUUACAUCGCGACCCAACAGAACAAGAAAUUGAUGAAUUCCUAUCCGGAUCUAGUGAGGGAGAUCUCAAGAACCAUAGCCGCGCUAAUAAUAGUCAAACGUUAUGGUCGUGUUGUAGAAUUUCGGCUAAAGCUUUAAACGUUAAAAUAACAAAUGCCAUCACUGAACCAACCUUAAGUGCAAAUAACACAACAUCUACUAAUGCAAAAUCUGUCGCCUCGUACCUUCACCGCCAAUGUUUGGAGAAACAUGCAAAUAAGCUCAAAUCCCUUCCUGAUCAGGGCAAAGUUGCCAGAUGCCUCCAGACAUCCAAAUUUCCAUCCACGAACAGCUGGUGUUAUGAUGGUACCGGUAUUCGAUUUUGCGACUGGCGUUUCAUUCAUCGUGCAAGAACAAAUACCCUUCCCACUAACGACGUUAAGACACGGUUUUCCAAUAAUAAUUCACCGACCUGUCGAAAAUGUCAUAGUGAUGCCAAUACUGAAACCCUCCCACAUAUCAUCUGCCAUUGUCUUCCAAAUAUGCCCUCCAUAACAUCGAGACAUGAUCAAAUUCUUAAGAGAAUUACCAACACCAUUCAUCGUGGCUCUUAUGCUGUUGAUCAAAUAGUUCCAGGUGCACCCGGUAAUAAUCGACCCGAUUUAGUUGUCACGGACGGUAAUAAAGUGACCAUAAUCGACGUUACCUGCCCGUUCGAGAACGACGCGGAUGCCCUCGUAGUAGCUGCAGAAAGGAAAGAAAACAAAUAUAACUACCUAAUUGAUCAUUUCAGAUCCCUUAAUUUACAAGCGAAAGUGUUCGGUUUUGUAGUGGGCCCAUUAGGCGGAUGGUAUCCAGGAAACGAGAGAGCUCUUGACGAACUAUAUGUCAGCAAACGCUAUAGAACUCUAUUUAGGAAACUAUGUUGUGCUGACAGUAUUAAAGGCUCAAGAAACAUUUACGUGGAACACCUCACUGGGGUUCCUCAAUAUUAA